GCGAGAAGGGCGAGAAAGGCGAGAAAGGUCAGAAGGGCGAACGCCACGGCCACCGCCAUGAUGCUGCGCAGGAGAGGCGCCAUGAGGUUUGGCGGGUUCGCCAGGACCUGAGGCGGGCAGAGCGGGACCUCGAGCAAUGCGAGGAGAAGUGGGAGACCAAGCUUCGGCUGAGCAACUUGGAGCACGACCGCGCCAUGGCAAUGCUGCGCAACAGCUUCGAUGAGAAGUACACCGCGGACAUGAGCCAGCUUGUUGCGCGGCACACCCAUGAGCUGGUCACCGCCCAGGCCCAGAGCACUCAGGCCCUUCAACAGAAAGAAGCUGAGCUCAGGCGGUUCCAGCACCCGUGCACAACCUGGGAGGCCCACUGCAAAAGGCUGCAGCAGAGGGCGGCGCUGAAGUCGAAGCAGAACGAGAAGGUGGCGAUGGAAAGCAAGAUCUCAGACUUGCAGGCGGCGAUAGCAUUGCUCAGAAUGGAGGCUGAGGCGAAAGAUGAGAAGCUGCAGCAGCAACAGGAUCCCGGGAGGAAGAAGGCGCGACUGUCUACGUAG